AUGUACACAGCCCAAGUGUGUAGGAGAGGAAGAGGUGUUGGAGAGGUGUUGGAGCCACAUAUGUUGAGUGCUACAUGUACACAGCCCAAGUGUGUAGGAGAGGAAGAGGUGUUGGAGCCACAUAUGUUGAGUGCUACAUGUACACAGCCCAAGUGUGUAGGAGAGGAACAUAUGAGGCUACAUGUUGGAGCCACAUAUGUUGAGUGUACAUGUACACAGCCCAAGUGUGUAGGAGAGGAAGAGGUGUUGGAGCCACAUAUGUUGAGUGCUACAUGUACACAGCCCAAGUGUGUAGGAGAGGAAGAGGUGUUGGAGCCACAUAUGUUGAGUGCUACAUGUACACAGCCAAAGUGUGUAGGGGAGGAAGAGGUGUUGGAGCCACAUAUGUUGAGUGCUACAUGUACACAGCCCAAGUGUGUAGGAGAGGAAGAGGUGUUGGAGCCACAUAUGUUGAGUGCCACAUGUAGAGGAAUCAGCCAAGCGAUGAACCUCAUCACAUAUUGA